UAAUCCGAGCGCGUUAUUGUGUGCGUUUUCCCCCGUCAUUCCCCUAGUUAAAAAUCUGAGCGCGGUAACAGAUUGUGCGCGCAUGCACUACCACAAAGGCGUUGCUGAUUAUUGUAAGAUCAUCUACUUGAGCCGAAUCUUCGCGAGACACGCAAAGGUCGCAAUGCAGGCUUUAUAUUGACAGUUUAAUGUUUCAUCAGGAGCGUACUUUAAUUCUCAAUAUAAACACUCGUUACGAACUUUGAUAGCUGCCGCCCGCGAGUGAUGUCUAAAAAAUCCGAGUCGGCUGCGAGAACAGUGUUCUAGACACAGCAGUUAGUAUGAUUUACCCGGUCCAGGUAAGUAUGCUGACAGCGAGAGGACUUCUUCUUACGGCUGUGGUAUGGCAUGCAUCUUUUCACAAAGAAGGCAGCACAGUCUCAGGCGCGAAGCGCGGACGGUGUCCACAGACACUUCAUGCGGCUGAUUACUGUUUGCGCGGGAAAUCCACCUGCAACACGGACGAGGACUGUCCAGGACCCAAAAAAUGCUGCGAUCAGAGUUGUGUUACUACCUGCGUCCUGCCAGUAACAGGCCCAUACAUAUCCGUGAGUCCUGAGGAGCAAAAUGUCGAGCCGGGUGGAUCUGUCCAAGUCACGUGUGUGUUGGACGAGCAGCCGUUGGAGGGUUGGUACGGACCUGGGCAGCAAAAAUUCCUCUCCACCACCCCCACGGAUACAGUGUAUGUCAUACAGACGGACACAGACGAGCACAAGCUUAUCAUUACAAACGCAACCGUGAUGCAUGGCGGGAUAUACACCUGUCGCGGGGCAUUGACGAAGAAAGAUUUCACUCUCAAUGUAGGAUUCAGCAUAGACACGCCUAUGUCGCCUCAAUUCAUGGCAGAGGGUACCACAGGCAUCAUAUUUACAACUGUCCGUGGCCACCCCCCUCCCAAAUACAUAUGGACCAAGAACGGCCAGCCCAUAAACCUUGCAGACGACCGCUAUACCGUCAGCCCUAGCGGCUCGCUGUCCAUCAAAGGAGUGACGUCAUCAGAUAGUGGAGAGUACUCGCUGAACGUGAGGCAGCAGUUGGCGUCAGGGUUCAUGAAGAUUGUGCAAAAUCAGCGAUUCCGAGUCAUGAGCCAAUCAGGAAAAUGUCCACCACAGAAGGAGAAUCCUCGGCGGAAGUGUGGCAUUGGGCUCAUGAACCAGUGCACCUCGGACAGCCAUUGCGGUGGGAAGCCAUGCUGCUUUGAUGGCUGUCGGUACAAGUGCAAAGGCCGGGGCGAUCAGCAAGAAAACCCUAGGGAAGGCUUCUGUCCAUUUAUUCGCCCACCUCGCGCAUGCGCCAGUGACUCAGACCGCUGUCAACAUGAUUGGGACUGUCCGGAAAAGAAAAAGUGUUGCUCCGAUUCCUGCAGAAAUCUUUGCGUCAGCCCAUCGCCAUCUGGGGUCCCAAUAACGCUCCCCGGCGCCAGAGUGUUCCAAGCAGAUGAAUACUUUGCUCCUGGUGAACGCGUAACGAGAGUGUGCCAAGUUAGUGGCGAACCUUUCGAAGGCUGGUACGACCCCCAAGGCAACAAGGUGACGGCACAGGUUGAUCACGUGUACGUAGAGAGGCGUGGCCCGUACCACGUGCUUAUAAUUGACGGGGUGACAGCAGAGGAUGGUGGGAAGUACACGUGCAGAGGAUCGUUCGACAGCGCUCAAGUCGGAAUCAACGUCAAUUACACUGUGUUGAAGGUUCCGCCGAGUGUGAUUUCGCUGCCGCCCGCGGGAUCCGUUAUGCUAGUACAAGCAGCCGUAACAGGUCACCCGAGCCCGCAGUUUGUCUGGUACAAAGGCGACAUUCCCAUCUCGCGCACGCGCAGUCCGAAUCGUUAUGCUGUCAGCCCGAGUGGGUCACUUAUCAUCAAAGACGUCAAGACGUCUGAUGCGGGGACGUAUACAAUGAGGGUAAACCAAGAUGGGAGGAUGUACGACAGCGGAAUUCAAGUACAGAUUACUGAUAAGCCAGGUGUGUCGGGGACUCCAAAGACAUACGGAAUCGACGUCGACUGUCGUAAGAAGGAGAUGGUGCUAGCGAUUGAUAAAAAGAUUCUUGAAGACGUCGAUAUCAGGUGGCUGCGCUUGCGUGACCCAUCCUGUAACGCAACGACUAACCGAACCCACGUGAUAUUACGAGCUCCUCUCAUUGGAUGUGGCACGACGACCACAUACAGCAAUGACGUCAUUGUCUAUAGUAACGCAGUGCAAGAGGAGCCCGCGGUUGGCCCGAUAUUGCGUACAGCGGAUAUCGAUAUUCCGUUUAAAUGUUUUUACGCUGCUGAAGGGAUAGCAUCCACCCUGGGACUUCUACCAGUUAAGGUUCCUAAAUUCAGUCUUGGCACCAAUUCUUCUACGAACUUCGACCUCUCAAUGACAAUAUACCGGGACGAGAACUUCUUCAACCCGUAUAAUGACGCCACAGACUACCCACUACAACUCUUGAUCAACCAGCCUUUGUUUGUGGAAGUUAAAGUGGAUUCAUCGGACACCAAACUCUCAGUCCUUGCGGAGCGGUGCUACGCUACACCAACUCAGAAUCCCAACGACCCUGUAGCUUAUGAUAUCAUCAACAAAGGCUGUAAACGCGAUUCUACCCUACAGAUGUAUAGCUCCGUCGGAACUUCCACCCGUUUUAGUUUCCGGGUGUUUCAGUUCUUACAAACGCCGAACAAGUUUCUGUUUAUUCACUGUCGAGUAGUGGUGUGUAACGGUACGAACCCGGAAUCGCGCUGUGCCAAGGGCUGCGUGGAAAAUGACGCGAUACGCGAAAGAUUCCGGCGACAAGCAGACGAUGAGCGCGCCGAAUUCACGCAAGGGCCUAUACUCGUCCUUGGGGAACACCGUAUCAAAGCCCGACAAGGCGUACAUGGAGGUGCAGAUAAGAUACCAUCACAGUUCCUGUGGAUUGUAAUCGCUAUGGUAGCCGUGUGUACCGCGUGUCUGGUAGCCAUGGUAUACAUGAUGAGAAAACACAGCCAAGCAGUGAAAAAUAGGUACGAGUUGCCGCACGGGACAGAGACUGAUACGCCUGAAUAAGUUACUACCUCUAUAAGGUGGACCAGCCAGAGGUGUAGUCACGGACAUUAUAUAUACGUGAUAUGUGUCGACAAUGCAUGGCCUUGACCCGUGUAUGCAAAUCGAAGUACUCUCAGCCAUGAUAUCAGGGUAUUAGCCAGUAUAAAGCAAAUCGAGGUUGCCUCACUCGUGUUCUCAGUGCCUUAGCCAGUAUAAGGAAAAUUGAAGUUGCCUUUGUCAAAAUCGAACGGUCCGUUAGCUAGUAUAAGGCAAAUAACCAAGGCGGUUGCAGUCUCGCAAGUCCGUAGCGAGUAGAAGGCGAACCGAGGCACAUGCCUCGUUUAACUAUUUAGUUACCUGAUUCCUCGAUUUCCGUCAAAUUGCAACUGUCAUGACCAUAUUGAUAGUGAAUUUGCCUCGAUCAGAGUAUAUUCCUUAUGGUUCAGCUUUUAAUUAACUUGUUAUCUAGGAGCAUAUUAUCAAGUGUUUUUCUUUUUAAUAAAUAUCUUUUAAUGAUAAAAGAAUGUAAAAGCAAACGAAUUUCAUCACCAAAAAUCAUAUAUUUAAAACAAUAAAAAAACGAGUAAUGUAAAUGUGUUUAAUUAAACAACAAGAUCGGUGGCCGCCGACAUCUCUGAAAUCAAA